AUGUGGGGACAACAAGCUCAGACUUGCAGAGGAAGAUGCGACCUCUACGUCAACUUCGCACCAUGUCAGUGUGAUAAUCAGUGCAUCGUCAAUGAGAAUUGCUGUUCUGAUUUUUGGUCAACAUGCCUCGAAAUUAGACUAGUGAACGGAAAUUCGCCGAAUGAAGGCCGAGUGGAACUUGUGUUGGGAUCGACAAGCAUCGGGUCGAUCUGCGACGAGGGAUGGUCGAUCAUGGAUGCGACCGUUGCCUGCAAUCAAUUGGGUUACCCCGGUGCAUCGCUCAGAACUAUGGGAGAGGUUUUUGGAACAGGGAAUCUUCCUUUAAUAGCCUCUAAGUUUCUGUGUAAUGGAGAUGAGGCCAAAAUAACAGAUUGUUCUUUUGUCGAAACUCGGGGUUUUUGUCCAUCAGGCGGAGGAGCUGGAAUCAUUUGCCAAAAGCCCGGUUACCAGGGCUGCUUCGGCCGGUCUUCGAAUUCCCUUCUUCUCCGGGACAACCAUCUAUUCGAUAACCGAAUGACCGGCGACCUCUGUAUACAGCACUGCAGUCGGGGCAAGUACGAACUGGCAGCCGUACGAGGACGCGACUGUACGUGUGGACUGGGUAUACCCAUCGACAGUGACUACUACCACGACUUCAGAUGUCGUAUGCCGUGUCCCGGCGACUCAAGGCAGGUCUGUGGCGGUUACACCGAGGGAAGAUUGAUGGUCUAUAAGACUAAUACCGGAUUUUGUCGGCAUCCUGGAGAUCCGGCUAACGGCCAACGACUGGAUAGUUACUUCCGGUUCGGAGCAAGGGUCACAUUUCGCUGCAACCCCGGUUAUAAACUCGGCGGUAAUACGACAAUCCAAUGCAUACCACGUGGCCAUACCCAACGACCAAUAAAAAACCUCGCCUGGGACGGCAUCGCACCUGUUUGCAUAGGAAAUGGGACAUCGAUUCAGAUGCCUGGGCCUUCAAAAGGAAAAGGAAGCGUCAGGAACAUAAUCAUCGGCCUUGUGGUAUCAUUUCUCAUCAUUCUCAUCUUACUCAUCCUUUUCACCAUCUGGAGGAUGAGAAGAAAGAUGAACCAAAAGGCACCACCACCACCGCCUCCACCAGUACCGAUGUCGGCUUCAAAGGACUCGCCUUUCGGCUCUGACCACGCGGUACAAGCCAAACCGGGUGUGCGACCGGUGUAUGCUAGCAUGGCGCCUCGAUCAGAACGGGAGAGCUGCACAAACAACGCUGUUCAUGCUGCUGGCGGCGGCAAAGUCAAAACAGAUGGACGAAAUGAGAACUUCAACAAGUGCAUGCCGAACGGUUACUCAAACUCCGGUUACGGAUAUUGUUCAGCAAAUAAAGAUGACCACGUCAUGUCGCCAGUGAUAAAUCCACGUCCUGCCGGCGUUCCGGGAAAGGUUUUUUACUCCACUAAAAUUAAGAAGAAAAUUGAUUAUCAGACUGACUGAAUAGACAACGAGUUAAUCACUAGAGUUUUACACCGAACUAAAAAGCGUGCGUAUAGGGGAUAAAAAUACUUUGAAUUGGAUGAUCAGAAAAACUUUAAGAUGAGAAAGAGAUUAUAUUAAAUCUUUAUGCGGACGGACCUGAAGAUGAAAUUUAAAGAAGAAACAUUAGCCUACAGUCCAGGAAAUGUGUUAAGGGACUCCUCUAUUAAACUUAUUCACCUAUAAUAGUUUAAGAGCCAAAGGCCCAGAGAUUUGCCUGAUGCAUAUCCAGCGUCUACCACGCUAGUCAUAAGAACCAUUAAUCAUAAUGAAAAUUGUUCAUCGGGGCUUAUUAACUGAAUUUUAUUGUUGCAUUGUCGUUUUUAUUGUUGAUGAGUAUAUUGGUAAUUUCAUUUCUUAUACCGAUAUGUAAAUUGAAUUCACAAUGGCCUAUAUAAUCAUACAUGUAUAGUGUAAAGUAUAUAAUGAUAGGGCAUACCCGAAGCAUCCCUACUUAUCUCAACAGGAAGGGAUUGAGAGACCUUUCAGUACCCGUGGAUUAUUAUAGGAUUAGCUAUUCGUCUUAUGAGAUAGGGAUAACUAUUCAUAAUUCACCAUGAAGAUCAUAAAUCAUUUGUAAUUGAUCCAAAAUCAUGAAAAAUUGACUCUUUUUCCAGAAAGCUACUCCGUAUAAAGUUUGAGGGUCACUAAUCAUAAAAAAAAAUCAAAAUACGAAACGGGGCUGCUAGUCAAUAUGGAAGGAGGUCUGUAUUGUCGCUUGUCUAAAGUGAAAAAAUAGUAGCGCUCACUAUUUCUGUUUCUAAGCGCUUUACAUUCUACUCACUAGCGUACCUACGGGGGGGGGGGCAGACUGCCCCCCCUGACGAGUCUUGAAGACCUUUUUUUUUUUUUUUUUUUUUUUUUUGCUUGUCAAAUUAUUUUCUGGUACGAAAUCCUUUAUUUGUGGUUGAAGACCUUUUUUUUUGCUUGUCAAUUUUUUUUGCGGACGAAUUUGCCCCCCCUGUGGAAAAUCCUAGGUACGCCACUGAUUCUACUUAAUAUCAUCAGUCCGGUAAUCGGAUCAGGAUCCGAUGUACGCAAUGUAUGCACUUUCUCCACUCCCUGUGGGGUAUUCCAAUAAGAGGUAUGAGACUUAAUUGCUAGGAAUACUAAGAUUGUAUCUCAUGAGUGUUGUUUUAAUAGGAGUAUAUAGCUAUAAACUCUUAUUUUGAUUAUGAAUAGCAUCCAAUUUGACGGUUAUUAACCCUGGACCCUUAUGAAUAUUCCCCGAUUUUCUAUAUUAUGAAUGAAGACCCCGAUUAGAGAUGCUUUUGACUAGCCAUCUUCUUCGAUUAUUAAAUAGCGAUUUUUGCCCCCCCCCCCUACACACACACUCACAUGAAAGGCGACAUUAUGAAUAGCGGGUAGACCUCUAGAUUCGUGCAUUGCUGAAUAUUGAAGCUAUAUUUUACAUCCUAAUAAUGUUUUCACUCUCUAUAUUCUUCUCUCUCCUUCUCUCUCUGUCUUUCUCCUCUCUUCCAAAACAUACAACUACUUCCACCCCUCUCUCUGACCCCCUCUCUCUUCCUUUCCAUUUUCCCUCCCACCCUUUCUCUCUCUCCACUCCGACUGUAUUGGCGCACGGACUUUCAAAACUCAUUUUAACGAGGUGCUAGAUUACCCAUGAUGAGUUGCAUCAUUAAUUAUAUCAGAAAAACAAAGUGGUGUCAUUAUUGUUAUAGUAAAGCGAUCAAUUUUUGAUCAAUAUCAAUGUACCUUUUUGUAAAUAAAAUCGCAAUAAUAGAUUGAUGUGGAUUAUAUAAAAUUUACUUUUCACAGAAUGAUAAUACUUUUUUUUCAGAAUAAAUAAAUGUACAGCUAG